CUGGGUUUAGCCCGGAACUUUUCUGUCUCCUUGGCAACGGUCUCCAGCCAGCAUGACCACCUAGACAGUUACUGGUGUUCCGGGUCUGGGGCCUUUGUUCCCAACUUAGAAAGCCUUGCAGCCCGGUUGACCCGAUGUUUCAUGGAACCAUCACAAAAGAACUAACCAAUCAUGAAGAAUGGCGUCAUUAUAAUGAAAAUAUAAUAGAGGAUCAAAAAGAUUUUGUUUUUGUGAAGUAUACCAGCCUUCAUUUAAAAACUAUGGAAUGUCUGCAAUCUUGUAUUUCUCUUAAAGUAUGCAUCUUCUCAAAUAAUUUUAUUACAGAUAUUCACCCACUUCAAAAUUGUAUAAAAUUAGUCAAACUUGAUCUUCAUGGAAAUCAAAUAAAGAGCCUACCAAAUACCACAUUUUGGAGUGGAUUAAAGAAUCUAAAACUACUUUAUCUUCAUGAUAAUGGGUUUUCAAAGUUAAAGAACGUAUGUAUGUUAUCUGCCUGUCCAAACCUCAUUGCUCUCACGAUGUUUGAUUGUCCAGUAAGUCUUAAAAAAGGAUAUAGACAUGUUAUUGUUAACAGUAUAUGGCCUCUCAAAGCACUGGAUUAUUAUGUGGUUUCUGAUGAAGAAAUAAUACAGAACUGUGUUCUUCCUGAAAGAUUCAAAACAUGUAAUCACCGACUUUUCUUUAAUUUCUGCUCUUCUUUGAAAAAGGGAUCAAACUAUGAAGAUGAAAUUAAUAAUAUUAAAUAUAUUAUGUCAACAAUUAAUGAAAUCUUGGCUCAUAAUUCACCAGUUUUGAUUGUUCAAAGAUGGAUACGUGGAUUCUUGGUUAGAAAAAGCUUAAGCCACUUCUUAUUAUAUAAAAGACAGCAGGAAAAAUUUAUGAAUGAAUAUAAGUCAAGAUGGAUUUACAUAUGCAAAAGUUAUGAAGAUAAACUCUUUAAGGACCUCUUUAUACAUUCUGAAACUAAUAUAAGAGGGAAAUUGGCACGUUGGAAAUAUAAUAUUCAUUAUCCUUUUGAUUUAAGCUGUUCUUUUAAGCAGAGAAGGCACAUCCCCUCUAUUUUAUAUGAAUUACACCCAAAAGAUACUGACAUAAAGUUAAAACACUCAAAAUAUCUCAUUCAAAAAGGUCAAAAGGACUUUGAAGGUGAUACUGAUGAUGAAGAAUUGGCUACCAGUUUUAGAAUAUCGGUGUCCAAACUACCCUUAUACACUUUAGAUGUAGUGAAAAAGAAAGAACAAUGUUUUUUCCCUGUUGGUGCCUAUCAAUUUUCUAACAUUUUUCAAAAGCCAAUGAUUAAAAGAAAAGAUUUUCUGUUGAAAAAUAAUAUGAAAAGAGACUUUUUAAUGAUACACAGAACUGGUAUGAAUCUGGAAGCAGUAUAUAAUAUUGACAAGCAUUACUCAGAACUAAAGAAGGAGGAAAUUCAUAAAAAUAAAAUAGCAGCUGUAAAAGCGGCACGUACUGCUGAAGAAAGAGUAGCUUCAACUGUUCAAGAAACUUCAAAUAACAAAAUAUAUGCUGCACAAAAACAAGCUAGAAAAGAUAAUAAAGCAAUUCAAAGUGGCUUGCAACAACAUUGGCGGGAAAAAUUCACCUACCUUGAAGAAGUUAGAGAAAGGAGAGCUCUGUUUUUGAAAGAAAAAAGCCAAAAGGCUGCAAAUCGUCUACUAAUUCAAACCAUAAGUAAUGAACGAGAUCUUUUGAUCAAAGGAGUAAUUAACAUCAACAGAUUGAAGAAUAAUCUAGAUGCCCUAAAUGAGAAAAGCAGGAUUGUUCAGCAACAAAGGGAAACAGAAAAAUAUCAAAGGGAGUUAAACCAGCAAAUGAAGAAAAUUAGGGCUCAAGAAAUAUAUAAAAGACACUGUGAAGAAAAAUUUGUUACUAAUAUGAUUGCAUUUCAACAAGAUUGUGAAAGAUUUCAAGAUGCUAAAAAAAGAGUUGCAAUUGUGAAAAGAAAAUUUUAUUUUUAAAAUUCCAACACAAUGGCAGAAUAAAGUAGUGUCAGAUCACA